UAAUGUAAAAGCAAGAGCAACAUAUGCUGCAGUUACUUGAUUCAUUCAGUGUCGCUGUUUAACACUGACUGCGAGCUGUCCGCUUGAUCAUUGCUACGUUGUAUCAUUAGUUACAUUAUUCAUAGUUUUGGUAGCUAACCAAGCUUUUCUUCCUGUAGUUUACAUUUAAGCCUGCAUUCAAAUACUCAGUUUUCAGUCAGCCCAAUUGUAACAUUGCACUACUAGCAAAGCUUUACAUUUUGUGAGGAAAAAUGAAGACCAAGUUCAUUAAUGGGGUUUCGUCUUCUCCUUCGAUGUCAUUGGGCUUAUUAGUCACUGAAAAUUCACUCGAAGUCCAGCCAAAUACAGAGAAUGACUGCAAAGAUAUCAUUCGUCCGGACGAGCCUGAUCAGCAGACGAAGCAUAAGGCGUAUUUGUGGUGUAAAGAGUUUCUCCACGGAGCAUGGAAAUCUCUGACCGAAGAUGAGUUUAAGAUCACCAUUAUCAGGGGCGGCCUCAGCAACAUGCUCUUCCUCUGCGCCUUGCCAGACCAGAUUUCCAGCGACGGCGAUGAACCAAGAAACGUUCUGCUGCGAAUAUAUGGUGCCAUUCUACAGAUGUCCUGUAAUAAAGGGGAGCCAAGCCAGUCAAACAAAGAAAAUCACUUUCAAGGUGCCGAGGCCAUGGUCCUGGAGAGCGUGAUGUUUGCCAUUUUGGCCGAGCGCGAGCUGGGGCCCAAGCUCUACGGCAUCUUCCCCCAGGGGAGACUGGAGCAGUUUGUCCCUAGCAGAAAGCUGGACACAGAAGAGCUGAGUAUCCCCAGUGUAUCUGCUGAGAUCGCUGAAAAGGUUGCCAAGUUCCACGGCAUGAGAAUGCCAUUCAACAAGGAGCCCAAGUGGUUGUUCGGCACUAUGGACAAGUACAUGAACCAGGUGCUGAGCCUGACCUUCACCAGAGAGUCCCACAUCCGCAUGUUCACCAAACUGAUGAGCUGCAACCUUCCUCAGGAGAUAGAGGGCUUAAAGAACCUGCUAGAGGCAACUCACUCGCCCGUUGUCUUUUGUCACAACGACUGCCAAGGAGGAAACAUUUUGCUCCUGAAUGGCCGUGAGGACUCAGACAGGCAGAAGCUCAUGCUGAUUGACUUUGAGUACAGCAGUUACAACUACAGGGGGUUUGACAUCGGAAACCACUUCUGUGAGUGGAUGUAUGACUACAACCACGACAAGCAUCCAUUCUUCAAAGUCCACACAAAGAAUUACCCUACCAAAGCUCAGCAGCUGCACUUCUAUGGACAGUACCUCUCAGAAUUUGACAAGGGGUUUGAUAACUUGAGCAGUGCGGACCAGCUGAAACUUAAGGAGAAGAUGGUGGAGGAAGUCAACAGGUUUGCUCUUGCAUCUCACUUCUUCUGGGGCUUAUGGGCCGUCAUCCAAGCCAGAAUAUCCGCUAUUGAGUUUGGCUACAUGGAAUAUGCUAUGGCGAGGUUCGAUGCGUUCUACGACCUGAAGAAGAAACUGGGGGUCUAAGGGUGGUUUAGAUGAACUGUUUUUGGUAAAGGGGACCAGCUGAGUCUAGAAGUGGGGAGAUGAGGGUACGGGUGAUUAAGGCAUCAAUGUCUCUUUUCUCCCAAUGAGAGAUGCUCAUCUCAGAACGUUGCUGCAUGGACCACGAUGACACCUCCAGGAUGUUCAGCUUAUACUGACUAACGUUCCAUGCCUUGCCUUGCAGUGUUUACAAGUUAUAUUCCCAAAAACUCCAUGCACUUGCAAAGUCCUCAAUACUCGUUGACGACUCAAGAAAUAUUUCCACCUAUCUGUACAUUUAGGUCGUGCUGAAAGCUAUAAGGUUUUUGCAUUUACUUACACAAAGACAUGCAGUUGAAAUGCCAACAUUGGUGGAAAAAUACCCAGAAGCACUUUCAGUGUAUUUUAUUGCAGACUCUAAUCCUGCUAAUUAAUGUUAUCUAUACAACCGCAAUGAUAGCAAAGGCACUGUGUAGGACUAAGGUUGCAGUCAGUGAGCAGAAUGGCCAAACACUAUGGACACUAUGGUCUAACCUCCAUUUAAUGUCUACAGUUCUUUUCUGUCGUCAUCAACACAUUUAAUUUUACUGUGGUUUUUUGUUUGUUUACCUCUUUCCCAACUUGAAUAUAGGCUAUGAUGUAAUUUAUGAGAUGAGUAGUUUUUUUCUGCAGUAUUAGGUUGAUUUGGUAACACCUUUAGUAACCUGUGAAAAUGGUUGAGAAACUGUACCUGUCACUAGAGGUGUACCCUAUGGGUAGACAAGAGAGGUGAGCAAAGAUGGUAGAUAUCUCAAAAGUGAUCCUGUAUAAGUAUGAUUACAGAAGUAGAGCAGAUAUCCCAUUUAACACCUGUACAAAACCGCAUUACAUCCCCAGCUUCCAUGUCCUGGGCUACUGUAACAGUGUGGAUAUAGGCACUGUGAUAUGCACGUUUGUUUACACACAGAUACACAAUCUCACGCAGAUUUCCAAGUGGGCAAGAUGUAACAAACAUCUUGCAACAAACAUGAUGUAACAGACAUCUUGCCCCCACCAAACCCUCAGAAUCAGAACAUUUAAAUGGGAUGUCUGCUUCCUGCUGGAAUCCCAGGGAAUCCAUAGUUGCACAACAAAGAAUCUGGUCACCUUACAAUUUAACCUACCGGUGUGUGGGGACUUGAGGAUUGAGUUCAAACAAUGACUGUUUUCUACAGUCAUUGAGUUAAACACAGUCUGAUCUGAAAAGAUAAAAUGUACAAUCUUCCAGCUUCCCAGUGCGAUAUUGGAAAAGCUAAUGGAGGUUGUUAGUACCAGUGAAAUCCUAAUUAGGAACUGUGGGAGACUGAAUGUUAAUGUUUCUUCUUUGAAAUCUUUUGCAUACUUUUGAGUGACAGAACUGUCUCUCCUUGAUGCCUUGUCUUGGUUAUGCCAUUGAAAUAAUUUUAUCUUCAAAAGAAUAACUGUGAUAAAUCUUUAACUCUCUUUUACUUUACAAGUCACUAUACUGUGUUUUACCAUUGUGUUUUUAUAUGUGCGUGCAUUUAUUCAAUCAUCGUAUGAUAUUUUUGAGGCAACCUGAGCCUUUUGCUAACUAUGUCAGUGGCACUUUCCGGACCAGUUAUAUGUACAUGUGUUUUUUUCCUGCAAUGGAAGAUGUAUUUUUCUUAAUAAGAAAGUUGUCUCUUUUCUUGUUGAAAUGAGUUUUCUUUUUUCCUCAUGUGAACGUUUCUGUUGGUGGUCAUUUCUUAAUUUUUGUUUUUUAAUCACAGCCAUGAAAAACAUAAAAUUCGAAAUGUGAUAAUUUUUAUGUUGAUCAAUUACUGUAUUUCUGUGAGACGAUUAACAUUUAAGAUACUGUAAAAUUACAGAGCUGCUUCUUGUUGAUGACGGUGAAUGUAAUGAUAACCUUUUUCUGAAAGGUUGCAAUGUACCCACUUUUUGAAAAUGUGAUUUAAAUUGACCCCAACAUCUAUCUCUUUUUUUCUCUUGGCCACUAUGUAAUCCUUGCUUCUAUGCCAAUAUUACUGACUCUAGCCUUAGCUUUCUCUCUAUUGUAGCUUUUAUAACAGAGAGUGUUAAAGAGGGAUUGCCAGGGUAAUCCAUAUACUGUCCCAAUUCUUGCUUUGCACAUAUAUGAUCAAUAAAGAAAUGUAAUCAACACAA